GUUUGGCGCUUGUGGUACCACUGUGUGGUAUCUCACGAACACAGUACAUUGAUAGAGACAACAUGAUGUCUGAGGCAUCAUCCAUCCACCCAUUCCACCAUGGACAAGCUCACGCACGUCGAGAGCGGCGACAAGUCGCCUGCGUACCAGCACCUGGAGACUUCCGGUGAUGUGCUUACGCGGCACGAAGAACGCGACCUCAAGCGCGGGCUCGCGCAGCGGCACGUCUCAAUGAUAGCGCUUGCAGGCGCGAUCGGCACGGGCCUCUUCCUCUCCCUAGGCGGGAGCAUCGCAACCGGUGGCCCUCUAGGCUCGCUCCUUGCAUACUCGUUUAUCGGACUUAUCGUGUGCGCAGUGCAGUUCGCUCUCGGCGAGGUCUCAGCUCUGCUUCCCGUCACGGGCUCGUUCGUCCGCCAUGCUGAGGCGUUGUCGGACCCGGCGCUGGGCUUCGCUCUCGGCUGGACGAUCGUGUAUGGCACAUGGCUAUCAAUCCCCUCUGAGAUAUCCGCCAUCUGCGUCCUUUUCGGAUACUGGACGGAUGUCAACCCAUCCGCGUGGAUUAUGACGUUCAUCGUCCUUACCGCCAUUGUGGCUUUCAGCAAAAUCCGCUACUUUGGCGAGAUCGAGUUCGUCUCUGCCCUGCUCAAGAUUCUGCUUAUUGUGGGCAUCAUCCUCCUGGGCCUUAUCACGGCGCUGGGCGGCGUCCCUGGUGUCCCCCGCGUCGGCUUCCGAUACUGGCGUGACCCUGGCCCCUUUGUCCCGUACCUCGCGGAUGGCAGCUGGGGCCGCUUCCUUGGCUUCUGGAGCGUGCUGAUCAACGCCGUUUUCUCAUUCUCAGGCAUUGAGAGCAUCGCCAUGGCCGCUGCCGAGAUGCGCAACCCCCGCGUCGUCAUUCCGAAGGCAUGCAAGCGCGUCUUCGCGCGCGUCGCUCUCUUCUAUGUCCUUGCCGUUCUCGUCGUCGGCAUGAUCGUGCCCUCCAACGACCCGCGCCUGUCCGAGGACUCGGGGACUGCCGCAACUUCUCCCUUUGUGCUCGCGACCGCGGCGGCCCGUGUUGCCGCCAUCCCUCACAUCGUCAACGCGGUAGUCAUCACCAGCGCAUGGAGCAGCGGAAACCAAGCUCUUCUUUCCGGCUCGCGCGUCCUCUAUUCCCUCGCACUCAAAGGCCAGGCCCCGCGCUUCUUCCUCCGCACAACGCGCUGGGGCACGCCGUGGGCGUGCGCCGCGACAUACGUCCUUAGCUCGUUCCUCGCCUUCAUGGCGCUUAGCGCGAGCGCUAUCACCGUCUUCUACUGGUUCGUCAGCCUCGUCGGCUGCGGCGUCCUCAUCUCCUGGUCCUGCGUCCUCUUCAACCAUCUCCGCCUCCGCAUGGCUUUCCGAAAGCAGGGGAUCGAUGCCCGGCGGCUGCCAUGGCACAACGCGUGGACCCGUGAGCUUCCCAUAUGCUCUUCUGACGCCAGCGUACUCGUCCGCCGUUGCCCUCUUCUUCUGCAUCAUCAUCCUGCUGACCAAUGGCUUUGCCGUGUUCACCAAGGGCAACUGGUCCGUCUCGGGGUUUAUCACUGCCUACUUGUAAGCACAGCGCGAGGUGGAGCUGAUUACAGGGACAUAGGCCUCGUCGCGGCCGUCUUCCUCGGCUGGAAGCUGAUUAAGAAGACGCGGUGGGUCCGCCUCGCUGACAUUCCGCUCGAGGAGAUUCUGUCCGCGAUGGAAGCACUCCCGGAGGAGAAGGAUGAGCGGCCGCGCGGAGCAGUGCGGUUCAUCUCAUGGCUCUGGGAUUAGGUGUGGAUGCCUCGUGGUUUUAGCACGCCGUGUGCCGCCAUGAUGUGUGAUGCAGGGCUGUCCGGCUCGAUGGGAUGACCGCGGCCGAACAGAUACUACAGUACGAACACUGGGAACCAUACUGGCGUGCUCAUCCUCUCUAUGCACUUGACACAUCUCAAGUGCCGCAGGUCGAGGAAUGGCAGCUGGGUGA